UACCUACUGUACAUAUUAUUUUAGGAGAGUGGGGAUUUCAUGCCACCUAGCAACGACCGGAACGCAACAUUAGACUAAUCAAUCUGAAUAACCAAAUCUCUUUUGACUUCCUCUCAGUGAUGCCUAAAUCCUAGGCAUUGUCCACUCUCGAAACCUCACCAACGUCAAAUAUAGAACCUCCGGCUAACCCUGUUGAACUCCGAACGAGGAUAUGGAAUUGACGGGACGCCAUUCUUUAUAGCGAAAUCAUGGAUGAAGAUAACAUGGAUAUCGAGGCCGAGGCCUGGAGACGAGACCGCCUCGGCGACGAACCUAUAUAUUGCGCCGCACCUCCCCCAUCAGACCCAGACGACAUCAUCUGUUAUGGAUCGGAUGAGGAACUUGAUGAUGAGGCAAAGAUCGCAAAGAGACUAAGAUACGAGACUCAGGGACUCCGAUUUUUACAGGGCAAGCCCCCACGAAUCUUCUCUGCUUCUCUCCAUGGUCCUUUCGAAAAGGCGUCAGGAUGGAACAAUCCUUGGCUGCCGAAACAACCUGUCAUGAAAGAUACCAUCCCCACAUCUCAACCUACGCCGAAGCCUCUCCCAGCAGUCAAAAAACGCUUGCGCAGACAUCUCGAACGAAACAAUAUUAUACCUAGUACAAGUAACUCAAUGCGCUGUCACCUGCCUAGUCCCGAAAGCAAUCGCGAAUUGCCACUUGCGGGUAGCCCUCCAGAAACGGACAAACGCAGUCGGAUACAGGCUUGGGCGAAGGAUGUAUCUCGAGGAACUGUACUAGAGAAGGAUGCUUUCUGGGCGCCUAACCAAGCCUAUACCGAAGAAUCCGAUGGUUCUAACAAGAAACGACCAGCCGGGAAGGAUUGGUUGAAGAAGCAGUCAAAACGGAAGAGACUCGGCACCCCGCAAGGUACAAUUACGACGUCUACUCCCACGCCACUACUAGCCGCGCAGGCACAGACUCGACGUAGCUCAGUACCUACAAACACUGGCCAGACUUUGAAGCCCACCAUUCCCGGGACGAUGGCCAGCCAAAGCUUCGAAUUGGCAACUCCAUCUUCCACCGCUAACCAGAGUGUUUCAGAAGCUCCUAAAGGAGGACAAUAUAAGGAUUCCAUAAGGCAUGAGACGAUGUCACCACAAGCCAUUCCAUCUGAAAUAUACGACGCAGCUAUCCAGAAGUCGAAUAUCCGAUCCAUAAGUAUCACGGUUGAUGGCAUAAACCACCAACCAUCUCCCACCAGCGAUCAAACCCCCAAAUGGGUUCCAAAUGCCGAAACACAGGAUUACGCGAAACAAGCCUGCGAAUACCUAAGAAAUGGGCAGUUCCGUCAGAGCCAAGAAGCAGAUGAUAUAGGCUCUGAGAGUUAUAUAGACGAGAGUUUCCAUUACCGAACUCGACCCGCGAAGCAGACUUUGGAUGUGGAAGAUACAAUUACAGACUCCUGUCCUAAACCGACUCAGACUAGAACCCCCUCACCUCCAGUCCACGAAGAUGCGGUAAAUAUCGCAGUUCAUGAAACCAAAAAGCCGCAUCAACUCCCACAAUCAAGUCCAAUGUUGAGACAGCAAGUUUCCAGAGAGCGAGAAGCAAGAAGCCAACGAGCCAGAAGUCUUCCUGAUCCAAUGUACUGUCAGGAGGAAGGUAGUGUCAGUGAGGGCAGCAAGGAGUACUUCUCAAUCCCUUCACGUUCGAAAAUAAGAGCGUCUAAGGAUCAGCAAGCACCAGUUGAGAACUCAAAUUCAACGGAUAAUGGUUCAAAUAACGUUUUGAUUCCACCGGAAAGCGCUAUUACGCUUCACAUAAAGAGUGAGGUUAUACGAAAUGACGAACAAAACCCAACCCACGACGAUCUUCGUACAUCGCAAGCGCUACAUGAAGAGAAAGUGGCUACACUCUCGAGAAUUCUUGACGAGGUCAAAAGAUAUCCAACAGAAAACCAACCGGUGGUAAAUGGAGGAUCUGCUGGUGAUCCAAUGGGCAUUGAUGGAAGUACAUUAUAUGAUGCUAAUCAAUUAUCCACGAGUCAUCACGUAUUCAAAAGGCCAAUUCCAGACGUCAUAGCAACAAUCGAGCCAAAUGAGCCACCGGAAAUCACGAUGAAACAGGCAACACAAGGGGAUGAAUCUGAUACUGAAUCCACCUUAGUCGUAGUACCACAGUCACGGCUGGAAUGGGGUGUUGCUGAGAUUCCGGACAAAUCUGCGGUAGAGUCGAAUGUGGUUGGUGAGAGCAAGGCGAGCACCAUAGAAAUCAAGACUAAAGAGGUUUUUGAUCGAAAUAACCCAACUGAGACGUCUCAGUUAGAACAUUCGGAAACUAGCCCGCCACGAAGUCCAUGGGUUACCGAAUUAGCUCCAGGGGCAGAUCUAACGAUCGAACAUAUUAAGUCAGAGCCGGUGGAUGAUAUACCCUCACCUUCUCCUUGUCCAUCUCAUUUCACUCUAUUCAGUUCUCAACCUAGUGGUCAUGGAACCCCUGUAAUCAGACCAUCACAGCAGAGUCCGUGGGGUGGGAAGCUACUGGAGCCCUUGAAUAUAGAACAACAUGGGCAUCACUUAACAGAUGUGGAGGCUAUAUCUACACGCACGCAUCCUAUCGCAACGACUUCUCAAGUACAUCAAAGUCCUUGGGCCGAGUCAAGCACGGGCCUCAAGCCAUAUCCCAAAUACUCGCCCCUUUCGCCUGCUCCAGCGAUUUCUAACGAGAAACCACUGCAGCCGCACUCCCAACUAUCAAUGGCCACUGUUGAUCCAGAUAACCAAUGUCUGGAGCCUUUAAAAGAGAACCCGAUUACACCUCCCCGAAUGCCUGUAUCUCAUAUACGAACCCCUGACCUGGAAAGAUCGAUCAAGUCAUUCGCUAUGUUCAAUAGUCCGUCGCCAAAACGCCAAGGUCAACAGUCUAUCAUGCGCUCCUCGUCUACUGGCCAUCCACAGGGCACUUUUCCUGUCGCCUCAGAUAGCGAGCGGUCAACCCGGCGAGUGACGUUCGCUCUAUUUUCUGAUGAUGGGGACGAUACCGAAACCCGACGACCACUUAAGGUCGGAAAAGCCGCAUCACCUCCACCCAAAGCAAUAGUCAAUACCGGGGACGAGGAUAUGGGCGAGCUCUUCCAUAACCAUUUCGAUAUCAUGAAGCGGCGCGCUAGUGGUGAGAAGGUCCGGCGUCGAUCCCGGCCAUUACUCCCAAGCUCCUCGCAGCAGAUGUCCGUAAGCCCGUCGGUUGGUGCGAUGGCUGAAGCUUUUCAGGCAGCAGAUGCGUAUAUUCCCCGCGCACGCGGUAGUCCUAUCGAAGAAAUCAAGAAGAAUCCCAAUCAGGAGAUACCCAGUGGAAAACAAUCGCCAUGGAGAAAGGAGAGUCAAGGUGUCGACGAUGUAGCGGACGUUAUGAAUAACUUAGACGAUUUCCUUAAUGCUUGGGACGUGGAGACUGAACUUGAGAAGUCCAAACAAGAGCCUAGCAGAGGAGUACAGAAUUGGGAGAUGGACCUAUGAAGAAGAAUAUGGCUUCAUUACGAUGACACGGUAUACGGGAGCAAAUGAGGAGUAGGCUCAAGUUAUGUUGAUACCCAUAUACAAGCUUGCCUUUUUAGCAUAGCUCGGAGUUCGGUCGGUUUCAUGGGUAAAUGGCAUAGCUGCGAGUACGUUAGAAGUUGUGUCUUUUAGCUAGCAACGAUACGGCACUCAUUAUGUGUUUAAUGUACGAAUAGACUGCUGGACCUUGUGUUCAAUUUGUUGAGACACUGUUCAACGAC